GUGUGAUUGUUCUCUGUGAUGGAUUGGCACCCUGUCCAGGGUGUACCCCACCUUGUGCCCGAUGCUCCCUGGGAUAGGCUCCAGGUUCCUUGUGACCCUGAAGAAGGAUAAAGCGAUAUAGAGGAUGGAUGGAUGGAAAAUGCUUUGGGACAUACUGUACAGUCCGUUCGGGAUUUCACGGAAUUUUUUUUGUGAUUGUUGCUGCAAAAAUGCUUGAUUGAGCGGCGGCUUUUUUUUUUCAAAAUUUGCGAUGCAGUUUGCAUGCGAUGGAAGUUUUUUUUUGUGGAAAACGUCUUGAAUUGUCAAAAUUAGAAUUGCACGAAAUUGUCUUUCACAGUAAUGUUUGUUGGUAAAUGAGACCUUUUAGCUGUACUAAUGGUUGACGCACGUGAAUCGAAGGGGCUUUGUCUGAAUGCGUGUUGUGAUGAUGUCACAUGGCCCAAAUCUAAUUUUCUAAUCUAAUUAGAUUAGAUUAAAUCUAAUCUAAGGUAACUCUGAAAAAAGUUUGCUUGAUUUUGCAUUCAUUUCUGUGAUCGCAAUCCUGGCGGGACAGACUGUAGUGUUAUAAGGAAAAUAAUCCACUUCAGGGUAGUGCUGACUAUUUUCCGAUAACAGCAUGCCCUGAAGUGUUUUAAUCCUUACUGUACGGCUUGUGCAAACUCUUGAUUAGUGUUAAUCAGCUCUAUGCUUGAAUUGUCCCUCACGUGUGUUGAAAUCUGUCAAAUUAAUAAAUGCAGUGAUAUGACAAUGGGACCAUUUAUAGGAAUGCGAUAAAGCUUCAGAAAUGCUAUAAAGAAAGAAAUCCCUUAUAUUUAACUUACUGCAGGUUUCCAGGCCAGCUGCAGUGGUGUAGUUAAAUGACCAAAGUCUCAUGACCCAGAGACCACAUUGAACUUUUGUUUAACAUGUUGUCAUCUGGAGUUACCGUUACGAGCGGUUGAGUUUCAGUUUGCUUCACACCACACAGGGCAUACGCUCUGCAGCCUUGGCUUUAGAAGUGAUUUCUAGAUAUAGCCAGUCAACUUGAUUCUUACAGAAUGCAGAGUGACACAGAGUGACAGUAUCGGUCUCCGCACAGCAGCUGGCUACGAACAGAACUUUGUGCAUGCUGGAUUUUGUGGCCUGAAUUUGCUUCCAGCUCUGAAGACACCAGGAGCGUAGGACACAAGAACAACAUCGAAAAUGCCAGAGCCUAACCAGGCCUUUGUGACCCUGGCUACUAGCGAUGCCUACUGCAUGGGGAGUCUAGUAGUGGGCAAGUGCUUACGAAGGCAUGGAACAACUCGAAAACUGGUGGUGAUGGUUUCUCCCAACAUUAGCAGAGAGGAACGUCUGUCUUUAGAAGAUGUGUUUGAUGAGGUUAUAGUGGUGGACAUGUUGGACAGCAGGGACAGGGCUCACCUCUUCUGGCUGGGGCGUCCAGACCUGGGUGUCACUUUCACCAAGCUUCACUGUUGGACGCUUACACAGUAUACCAAGUGUGUGUUCCUGGACGCUGAUACACUUGUGCUGUGUAAUGUCGACGAGCUGUUUGAACGAGAAGAGCUCUCUGCGGCUCCAGAUCCAGGCUGGCCCGACUGCUUCAACUCUGGCGUGUUUGUAUUCAGACCGUCACUGGAGACCCACUCAUGCCUGCUGGAGCACGCCAAGAUGUGUGGCAGCUUUGAUGGAGGUGAUCAGGGACUUUUAAACGCCUUUUUCAGUGACUGGGCAAUAAAGGACAUCCAUAAGCAUCUACCGUUCAUUUACAACCUCAGUGCCAAUGCAAUCUACACCUAUUUACCAGCUUUCCACAAGUAUGGCCAUCAAGCUAAGAUCGUCCACUUCCUGGGAAGGAACAAGCCCUGGCAUGUUCCAUACCAGGAACAUCCAUCCACUGAGGUUCCUCAAUGGGAUUCCAAAAGGACCUUGGAGAAAUAUGUCAAUCUGUGGUGGGCGGAGUACUACGGUCACACAAAAACACAUCUAGAUGAGUUGACUCAUGAGCCCCAGGAUGAUGAACCAAUUGAGCAGCUAGGCAUGUUAGUGGCUGCACCCUGUUCCAGCCAUGUGGACACUUCGCCACAUUGGUCACAGCCCUCUACAACGUCACCGACUGCUUCUCAUCCUCACGACCCUGAGUCAGUCUCUCAGGCCGAGGACAGAGAAGAGAAAAUACCUAGCGAAUCAGUCAAGAAGCCGACGUUGGAUGCGCCGAGCUCAAGUACAUGCCAUCAGCUGGAGGACAUGCAUUCUAAUCUUGACGUCAUAUCUGCUGUCGAGCCAGGGGAUUCGGAAAAAUCCGAGCUUCAGGAACCACAAGUUGAACAAAAACAGGAAGAAGACGUCUCAGGAGCAGAAUCUGCCCUCUCAGAAGCUGAAUCAGACGCUGGCAGAGCGGAUGCUUUACAUGAGAGCUUGGAGCAUCGGAAGCGGUGGGAAGAGGGCCAUAUUGAUUACAUGGGCAAAGAUGCCUUCGAAAACAUCCGGAUCAAGCUCGACCAAUUUCUCGAUUAACAUCUUGUUUUGUGCAUGUGAGGGAAUAAGUAACAAAUGUUCAUUUAGAUUGUAUCCAUUGUCACUUCUCUAUGUCUACCUCUAUUAUGUCUACUCUACAGCUAAUCAAAGUGGCACAGCAAAAAAGCAUUUAUGCUAUUUGUGAGUUUGAACCCCAUCACUGUCACAGACAUCCCUGGACCGGGAGUCAAGAGAGCAAAAUUGGCCGUGCUCUGUGGGUGGAAGGAAUGGCAUACGCUUCCUCUUCUGUCAAUCAAAGUGACACCAGCCAAUCAUUGGUGUCUGUGAGCUCAUGUAUGCGGAAGAGUACAGAUAUCACUUUUCACGUUAGGGUCCUUUGUUUGUGAUGCAGCAUGAGCAACGGUUCAAAAGGAAGGAAGGAAGGAAGGAAGAAGAACAUGCUAGCCCUCACCCUCCCUGAUUGCUAGCUAGGGGAGAGUUAGCUAGUGGGUGGGAAUUGGCAGAUGAUCAAAUUAGGGAGAGGGCGGGGCCCUGUUAGUGCUAAAAGAAACAUACAAGCCGGAAAGAAGAUUAAACAACAACGAAAAAAAUCUGAAACAUUUGUUUUUACUUAUUCUAAAUGUAGAGGAUUUAAUAUGAUCCCACUGCUCAUUAAAUCAGAAAUACUAAAACAAGUCAUUUUUUUCUGUUCUAUUUUAAUUAAUGCAUUUAGUUCCCGUAAGAUUUAGAGGACCACAGUCUGAGUGCUUGUGAUUGAGUGGUUAAUAUCACAUGGUACCAAUUCAGUUAAUUUGCCUAGCACUUAUUAUAUGGUUUUAAUGAAAUAUUAAGUAUUAUAUAAAAAUACAAGAAUAUAAAACAUUUUUUUGUGUGGUCGUUUGCGUUGAGUACUGCUCCCGUACACUAGGGGGUGCUCUUUCUGCAGUUUGCAAAAUGUUUAAGCCUUCCAGACAGUGUUCAGCAUUUUAGAUUGCUUAGUAGACCUAUUUAAAAUAAAAAUGUGCAGUGUGGAUGACAACAGUAGUGCUUCUGUUUACCUCUGCAUGGCGCUUGUUUGCAGGUAAUUACAGUUAAAACCACAUCCUCACGCUGCUGCCUAUUUAAUAAGUUAACAACACAUUCACUUGUCUCCCUGUAGGGACCUCGGCAAACUUUAACAGAUGUUACCUACAAGCAUCCUGACUCACCUCUGACUUUCCUCCAAGACUGAGGCAUAUUUUUUCUCCAUUUGUAUGUGUCCCUUGUUUGAGACCAUAAAUAGCAUUUUGCACUAAAUACAACUAAUUAUUUUCUAUUGAUUCAGGGUGCGGCUGUCAUUCCUAAUAGAAUAAACACUUCAGUUAGACUACUAUGGCUGUGCUGAUGAGUUGGAAAGAUGCUGAGUGUAUGGGGUUAUGAGGUGUGUUUUUCCCCUGCACCUUUCUUAAUGUCGUUAUUUUGACUUAAUGACUUUCUCUCUCUCUCUCUCUCUCUCUCUCUCUCUCUCUCUCUUUAAAGAUAGUAUGUCGAUACUAUGGUUGGUCAGAAGGUGUUGAUUAAUUUUCAGCAGCUCAGACAGUAGUUCCGUCUAUUUUUCACAGGUUUGCAUUAAUGCACUUGUUCUAAUAUGUUACAUUUCCUAUAGCCACAGCUCAUUCACAGUGAACCAUCGACAUCAUUUAACACUAAUAAUUAGUGGAUUAAAAACUCUGUUGUUGUUUAACAAAGAAAAAUGUAUAAUUGUUGAUUUACAGAUUUCUGGAAGGAUAUAUUUUUUUUCUAACAUUUAUGGAAGGAGUCUCCAGUGUCAGUGUGCUUCCACAUGGAAGAGUCUUCAGACAAAUUUGUGCGUUGUGUUGUUUUUUUAUUUUUUGGUUUGUAAAAAAGCAUGACGUAUUAAUAAAUAAAACAUCCUAAUUGUUGGCACAUUACUGUGGUAUAA